AUGGUGCUCCCAAGCAGCUGCCGGCACCGGUGCUGCCCCGGCAGGAACAACGCCUGCUGGGCCCCCGCUGCCCGCCGCGCUCGCUGCUACUGCGACUCGUACUGCCAGAGGACGGGGGACUGCUGCCAGGACUACCUGGCCACGUGUCGCCGUGCCGGUGAGUGGCGAUGGGGGUGGCACUGGCCGGACCGCGGCUGGGGACACCAGCCUGUGCUGCUGUGCUCGGUGGCGAGUGUUUGCUGUUACCUGUUAGCCCCGUGCUUCGAGCAGUGUCCCAGCUGUCCCUUGUUUCCAUGCCGAAUGUCUGGCUGGCCCCGGUGCAGUGAGGGAGCCCGUGGCCUCUGGGCUGCAGGUGACGGUAGCGCAGUCACUGCGAGCCAGAGUGGUCAGUGUGGGACCCAGCAGCACAAGCCCCCAUGUCACAGGCGGUGCCUUGCACAGGGACGGGGAACCGGGGGCUGCUCUGAGGGUGCCAAACAGGACUCAUGGGCUUGGGGAGUGCAGAACCAGCCUGCCCUGGGGACCCAGAUCUGGUCAGGCGCUGGCCACGGCCCCCUGGACAAUUGCAGCAGUCAGCUCUUCCUAAUCUCCGGGGAGAUUAGCAGGGUCCCAGCUCAGCGCGAUGCACACAGGGAUGAAGUCCUGCGGGAGCAGCUCACAAUGCCCCUGCACUGGCAGGGGUCAGGGGAAAGGGGCUGCUGGGGUCACUCUGCCCUUGCCCUUCCUCCCCUCUCCAGUCCCCCGUGCUGCAUCUCCCCUGCUCUUUCCAUUGUUCGUGACACUGAAACUCUUUCUUUUCCCUCUGCUCCAUCCCUGGCAGCAGUGGGCUGUGCUGUGGGGCCCUGGGGGCCGUGGAGCGGGUGCAGCUCCCCGUGCGGGGUUGGCAGCAGGGCCCGCAGCCGCCAGGUCACUGUGCCGCCCCGGCACGGAGGGGAUCCCUGUCCCGACCUGAAGCAGCGCCGCGGCUGCCUGGGGCAGCACCCGGCCUGCGGCACGGCCAAAGAGGUAGCCAAGAUACUCCCCAACUCCUUCAGCCAGGACUUCAGAGAUCCCUGGCGAAGAGCUGGGCUGCCGCUGCCGGAGGAGCCCUCUGGGUAUGUGCGGAGUCGGGCCCCUCUAACCACCAACAACCUCAGCUCUGCCCCUAAAGCCGGGACCCCUCCUGCACCCCCGCUGCAGUCAUGGGUGCAGUCUGCACCCCCCAGAUCCAGGGCCUUUUUGCUUUUCCCAGCCAUUACUUUUCUCCCUGCCCCAAACCAUGGCCCCUCCCCCCUCCCCAGCUACUGCGGCUAUUUCCGCCUGACACAGGUGGGACCCCCGUGCCGCGGGCGAGCCUGGAGCCGCCGGCUGCACCGGGACAAGCAGGUGUGUGUGGAGUGCCGGGGGAAUCUGCCUCACCACCGUCCCCACUGCACUGGACACGGGCUGCAAGGAGCCAGGUCAUUUUGGGUGGCCACUUCUGUGGUGGGGUGCCAGGGCUCGUGGGUGCAGGAGGGCCUGCAGGAGGGCUGCAUCUGCUCCCCACCAGCUCUCAUGUUCGUGUAGGAUCCCCCUGGGAAGGUGAGCUGAGCCUCCCCACGGCCCCACUCCUUGCUGGGGAGGCGGGGAAUGAAAUAAAAAUGUAGUCUCUUUCAUAAUUUCACCCUCCUGCAGGUUUGCUGCUCACCCUUGGUGCCAGCUCCCUCUAUUUUCCAUUAAAUAUUUUGCUGAAGAAUGGAAAAACCCUCCUUAUAAAGACUAAAAAUAAGGGAAUUGUUAAAGUGUGGUGAUUAAUGGUAGAACAACAUGAUGAGGUUAAUUCUGGGUGAGAAGAUGAUGUGGCAGUGACAUGGUGUGAUGAUGUCACACUCAGCCUUGACAUCAUACUUUCAACUGGCAAGCAACGUGAGGAUGGAGGCAGCAUCCUUCCUCUUGUCUGAGCUCACUCACUGCAGUAUCAGGUGAGCCAUGCAGGGCAGUUCAGGCCUGCUGGGCUUUGCAGAGAGCAAAGUCUGUACGUGGGCGAUGGUGCUGGUGUCCAGUUCCAGCCGUGGGGUUCGGCCGCCUGCACUGGAAGGAAUGAGGCUGGGCUGGGCGGUGCUGCUGCCCUUCCCCGCUCCUCACCCAGCAGGACAUGACCUUGCUGGAGGGGUCCCAGCUUUGGGUGGUGGUACCACAGCCUGUGGUGGGAGCACGUGCCAUGCCAAGGCUGGAUCCUGCUCCAGUGCAAUCAGUGGCUGU